GCUGGCAUCGCUGUGCUGGACUGUCAGAAUUAUGUGCCAAUAACCGUCAAAGUCAGCCGUCAAGUUUGACGUUUUUCUUUUCAAGUUUCUUCUUUGAACGAGCAAAAUGUCUGCUCACAAGACAUUUAUCAUCAAAAGGAAGCUUGCUAAAAAGCUGAAGCAAAACAGGCCUAUUCCUCAAUGGGUAAGAAUGAGGACAGGGAACACAAUCAGAUACAAUGCCAAGAGGCGUCAUUGGCGUAGAACCAAGCUGAAGUUGUAAACCUGUGCUAUAUUAAUGAUAGAUUUAAUAUAAUUUCUUAAAUGAGGUGUGCGACGUUUGGUGAAUAAAUGAGUUGUUAAAAACAGGACAUUAGACUUUUAUUUACAACAAAC